GUUGCGCUGGCCAACAAUAUUCGUCUUUAUUCCCAGGUCUGAAAGCCCUGCGUUUCUAGGACAACGACUCACAAACAAAUGAGUGUGGUGUUGCCCACUUUGUUUAGUUAGAAACAAAAGCAUUUAUAUCGCAGAGUCGACGGACCUGAUCCAAAACCUCCAGUACACCUGAGGAAUGUCUUUCAUAAGCCAGCAGCUCAACAUCUCUCACAACCACCAUCAAAAGAUGAUCCUGGAGUACCGCAAACAGGAGGAAAUGCGUGAGGAUCAAACCAAACACAUCGCCAAAGAGAAGCAGCUGCAAGCCAACAUCCAGUGCGAAGAGAGAGUCGAGAAAAAGCGCUUCCUGCUCAAAAUGCAAGAUGAAGAGUAUGGCAAACAAAUCGAGGAAUCACUUCUCAAGGCAGAAGAGGACAGACAGUUCAGAGAGAGGCAGCUUGAACAGGAAGAGAGGAUGGCCAAGGAGCUUGCGAGAAUUAAUAAUGAGAAACUCCGAGAUGAGAAGAUGAGGCAGUACAUUAAAGAGAACAGGUAAGAGACCGGAGAGCUUAAUGGCA